AGCAAGUCUUCAGAAAGGACUAGAGUUUCAAUAAAACACCUUGAUCUCUCAGCUCAGUUAUAUUUUCAGAUUGUUGCCUAUCAUUACUAUUCUCAAGUUUACGACAUAAUAUCCUGACCGGACUGAGUGAUCGGCCCAGCUACAAUGGCGAUGCACAGUCCAUAUCUUUUCUCCUUGCGAGCAAUGCGACCUAUUACCGUCGGAAAGCAAUGCUUCCGGCACCUUCACAAACAAGUGCCUUCUGUUGCAAUACCAUCGCCAACACCAUUUGUCCCAGACGUCCAGACUUUCCUUACACUAAUUGGCCGUGGCAUGAAUAAACACACCAGCAAGCUGCCAUCUUGGGACAAACUGUUUUCCAUUAGUUCACAAGAGCUUAAAGAGUUGGGUAUUGAACCUGCAAGCCAGCGGCGGUAUUUGCUCCGCAAAAGGGAGAAAUUUAGACGAGGAAUCUUCGGUCCCGGUGGUGACUUGCAGCACGUUGUCAAUGGUACAGCACAAUUGCGGGUGGUUGAAGUCCCGAAGGAGCCAAAGGAUGUCGCCGAAAGCCACACAUCCGCAAGACUCUCAGAUUAUGCAGCCAAUUCCUCUCCAGGCAUGAGGAAGAUUGUUGUCAACCUGCCACCAGAUGCCAAAGAAUAUAUCCACAACCAAUCUCAGCCACCGAAAAAGAUCGCAUAUAUGAAAGUUCACCACGGCAACACUAUAAGGGGCCCUUUCCUACAGCCGAUCAAGGGCACCAAAGGCAGCGCAGCUUUAUUCGAGUUGAAGGAAGGUAUGUGGGAGGAUCGACUUGGAGUCAAGGUGGAUGGUGGUGAAAGAAGGCGUGCGGAAGUCAGAGCGAAACGGAGGAGCGAAGAGAGGCGGAAAGGGACUAUCUAAAAACCCAGAAAUUCUUGAAUAAGUCCACAUUAGCUUGUGGUACACCUGUUCCUCCUGUUUUUCUACAACCUUGCGCCGAAGUUUGCUGCAUGUACUAUAGGCAUUCAUGUUAUACUGCUGUUGCACUAUUUUUAUAAAUCAUACUCGUGCUAUCUUGUAC